AUGUCCAAUCAAGAACUUCGGAACAACAGGGGGGAUCCAUUAAUUUGCAACGGAUUUCAGUACGGCAUAAUUAGUCACGCGUAUCGUACCAAGAUGCAAGCCUCCAAAACCGGAAGUAUCGAUUAUCAAGUGCGUUUCUUGAUAGUUGACUAUCACAGAGAGUGGAUCUACGCCGUGAUAGCGGCUGAUGAUCAAACCGACACUAACGAUAGAAGUCCAUACGCAUUCCCUAGACUCUGGAUUAGCAUUCUACCAUCGCUAACAAUCGGACUCUUAUUAUACAAAUAUUGUUUUAAAAAGCUGGAAAUUCUGGAAAUGGUGGCUGGAAUUUAUUACAAAUGCAAAGAAGCAGUAAAAUACUUAUGCCGCGGUUCCAUAAAAAUCAUAGAUGAUAAUGAUAAACAUUUGCUAAGAGACCAUAAUCAUAGACCUGACCCAACAGUUAUAGCCAUGAAUACUUUUAAGGAAACUCUAAAACAACGCAGUAUUGAUGAAGUUACUAGAAAUUCUGAAUCUGCUGCCAUGUAUACUUGGAAAUCAGCCAAAAGUUGCAUGCGAUGGACUAGGAGACGAUCGUUGCCAACUGCCCCAGGAACACUAAGCGAACUAGCUGAACAAUUCCGAUCUGGGCUCCUUGAACGAUACCAAAGUUGUGGUGAAUUGAUGUAUAAAGGUUGUGUUGAAGACACAUCAGGUAAUUGUUCCAUAAUUUUUGCUUCCAAAAAGUUCAUACUAAGAACUCUAGAUAUGGAAAUAACUGAAAUCCAUGUUGAUGCUACUUUUCGAGUGGUUCCUUCAACUCCAAAGUGUUACCAACUACUAAUAAUUCAUGCAAUGGUAAAUAAUCAUAGUAUUCCUAUAGUAUAUGUUUUGAUGGAACGCAAGACUUCCCAGGCUUAUGAUGCCGUUUUACACUUUGUAAAAGUUAAUUUACUGCCCGAUUUUAGGCCUAGUAUAAUUGUAACCGACUUUGAAACUGCAUUAAGGGAAAUGUUGAUUAGACAUUUCCCAUCAGCCACAGCCCAUGGAUGCUGGUUUCAUAGUAACCAAGCUGUGUGGCGAAAAAUGAGAAAAUUAGGUUAUUUAAAUUUAAUAAAUACUAAUGGGUUUGCAUUAAAAACCAUAAAAAUGAUUAUGGUUCUUCCAUUGCUACCAGCUGAGAAAAUUGAAGAAGGCUUUGUUGUGAUUAAACGUUAUGCAGCUAGACAUAGUAUUAACAUGCGACGACUCUUCAACUAUUAUGAAAGGGUCGUUAAACUUGACCAAUUAAAUAAUGGAUUGGAGAUAACACGGGGACCUAGGUCAAAAUAUUUGGUCAACGAUAAAAAAAUAAGAUCAGCAAGUCGCCAACUGCGUCAAAGAACAAUUAAUAUUAAAACAUUUCUCUUGCGUUGUUCUUACAGCGUUGCGGCGUAUGAAGAACAAAUGCGUGUGUUGGCAUUAAACGAAGGUGGGGAAGACCCAUUACAAGAAGAACAACCCAACAUAAUAGAUAACUUGAUUGAAGGUAGAAGAGAAGAAGAAGAGCCUCGUGAUAUCUUUGAAUUACUUCAUAGUUCAAAUGAAGAGAUUCCCCAAGCAGUAGCAGCAGAACUAGAUGAUGACUUGAUUGAAGGUGGAACAGAGGAAGAAGAGCCUCAUGAUAUUGUUGAUAAUGAGGAAGAUUUUAUUACGCCGGAAGAUAGAGAUCCAGAUAUAGUGUAUAUGAUGGCACUUGAAGCUAGAAGUAGGCAAUUAGAAUUGGAAAAUAUUCCAUUUUUUCAAGUGCCAAGUAUCCUUCCUUCUUUAGCAAAUCAAGAUACUAAGUGUAUAAUAUGCACAGAAGCUGAAAGGACACAUGCCUUAAUUCCUUGUGGCCAUAAAAUUCUUUGUGGUGAUUGUUUAAACCUCCUAAAUCCUAAAUGUUGCCCGGUAUGUAGUGAAUAUUUUAAUGACUUUCUUAGGAUUUGGUAA